AUGUUCAUGUAUUCGAAGGUUCCAGGCAACUGGGUGCCUCAUGCACGCGCAAUGUGCAUGCGCUCUCUCCUCACUCAUGAAGAAGAAUCCCCCGUAGCUGGACCAUCGCGGACCGUCUACACUCCAGAUCCACCUUCGCCCACAACAGUUCCCUACAAGAAAGCCAAAUUGGCUUAUAAACCACCCGAACUCGAGCCGAUUUCCCAACCUCGCAUCAGAAAGGGACCCUACGAUUGGACGCCCGAUCCUCCCAGCCCGACUGAUUUCAAAGCCCCGACGUCAAAAAGCAAGGCGUCCCAAUCGCGUACAGACACUGAUUCCGAAGUAUCCAGUGACAGGAACGUGGAAAAUGUCGACGAAAAUGAUGAAGACCCGGAAGGACAGGAAGAGGGCGAAGGUGCAGAAUCCGACGCUCACUCCAACAAUUCCGACGACAGCCCACAACUCCCAAAUCCAAACACCGCCUCACCUCUAGAAUCAGAACCAAACUCCAACACAGACAGCCCUAAUUCCUCCGAAAGGGAGGUGGUGAGGGAUGAGGAUGAGGAUGAGGAUGAGGAUGAGGAUGAGGAUGAGGAUGAGGAUGAGGAUGAGGAUGAGGAUGAGGAUGAGGAUGAGGAUGAGGAUGAGGAUGAGGAUGAGGAUGAGGAUGAGGAUGAGGAUGAGGAUGAGGAUGAGGAUGAGGAUGAGGAUGAGGAUGAGGAUGAGGAUGAGGAUGAGGAUGAGGAUGAGGAUGAGGAUGAAGAGGUUAGGGGUGAUGAGGAGGGUGAGGAGGGUGAGGAGGGUGAGGAGGGUGAGGAGGGCGAUGAGGGUGAUGAGGGCGAUGAGGGUGAAAAGGGGGAGGGAUAUGAGUAUAAAAAUCCGUACGAGGAGGGUGAUGAGGGUGGUGAGGGUGAGGGAGACGAGUAUAGGAAUCUAUACGAGAGAAUAUUUGGACAGAGUGUGACGGGGGAUGCGCAGGCAGCGGAAGAAGGAUACGAAGCAGGAAUGGAAGGGGAAGAUCAACGACAGGAACAAAGGGCUGGAGGCGAGGCGUAUGACGUGGAAGAUGAACAUGAGGAAGAGAAAGAGGAUGUCGAUGAAUAG